AAAGAACAGACCCCAUGAAUCUUCCAUUACCUUCAUAUCAUAACAAGAGCGACGUGACGCUCGACAACAUUUUACUUCCGAUCGAUCUGUGACUUGUCGCAGAGGUAAAAAAGUUGAAACGUCGUCGUCGGUAUUUCCACAUAUUGCAUCGAUCUUCGAUUACUUAAUACGCGUUCUAUCGCGUCAUUAUCGCUUAUUACUACUCCGGUGAUCGAUUCGCAGUUCUUCGCAGUGCUUUGGUGGUUAUACGAAAUCUCCGGAGGAUUCACGGUCAUCAGCCGACAGAUAUUCGUGAAAGAAAGUGAAAAAGAAGUUCGAGAUACAACACAAGGAGUUCAAAGUACAACAUUGAUACGCGGCAUACAUACAUAAAAUAAAGAACUUGCAGGAUCGUACGAACGUGCACUUGCAUGCUGUGUAAUCGUAAGCCGAAAACGCGUUGCUUCUCCGUUAUGAUGUUACAACAUGUUCUUCGUCCACGUGUACGCUCCCGAGAGCGCCUAUGAAGUUCGUUGUAUUACAAUUAUGUACAAUGUCGACAUUGCAAUUAAGCAUGCAGGACAGAAAGGAUCUGGACAAGUUCACGAAAUACUUGGCGCUGAGGGCUGCCCAGAUCAUAGUGCAGUCGAGGUCGGGUCAGAAGGUCAACACUAUGUGCAAACCGGACUCCUCGGCCGGUGAUUGGUUUAAUCUGGCGAUAAAAGAGCUACCAGAAGUCUUGGCUGAUGCUAAGAGAGCGCUUUGUGGAGAAAUAGUGAGCUCCACUGUACCACUAUGUAUAGAAAUCUCUCUAAAAACGGUGGAAGGUGACACAAUGGUUCUAGAAACAUGGAGUCUCGGUGUUUUGCCAGAACAAAGUGAUCCGACUGUACGAGUUACGUAUACCGUAUACAAUAGAAUGGGAAUUUUAUUGAAAUCCUUACUUUCUGUUUCGAGAGUUACUCCUGCUUAUAAACUGAGCAGGCGGCAAGGUCCAGAUUCUUACACUAUGUGUUAUAAAAUAUACAUGGGAGAACCUCAGCUACACGUCUUGGGCGAUAACUAUAAACAUGUAAGAGUGGGUCAAUUGUGUACCCCAGUGGGUACAAUACAUUUGUCAGUUUCUUAUAGAACUAAGAUGACCAUAUCACCCACUCACACAGGACGAGAUUCUAUCAUGCUUAAGAGCGAUCAUUUUCAUUCAGAUUUAAGUCCACGUCACGCGAGGUAUCAGCAAAGCGAGGAGAUAUCGAAAUCUCUCAGUGAUACCAUCAAAGUUGGCGCCUUUGUAGUAAACAAGCCUGUCAUUGUUAACGAAGAGGAUCUUGUGAUACCGGACGUACCGUUCAGUUCCCUAUUGACACCCAGGCAAACGUCGCCUCCUCCAGUAUCAUUAGUAGAUCCAGCAAAUACAAAGACUGCAACGGCAGCUGCCGCAACUGAUAGCAAUAACGGAAAUAAUGAAAAACUCAUUAACGAUAAUACGACUUCGAAAUGCGCCUCUCAAAAUGGAUCUAGAAGAAGUAGUUGCUCAAUGACUAGUGCCAACGAUGAUUUUAUUAUGGUAGAUUUGAAAACUCCGUUCGCUGUCACAAAUACUAAUAGCGACUUAGGAGCAUUCUAUCGGGAAUGUCAAAGUGCCCCGCAAUUGCAAGCCUUCAUGGAAGAAAGAACAUUGGCGGAACAAGUGGGAGACCUUACUAAGCAAUUGGAAACGUUCGAAACGAAUAUGCAACAUUAUGAAGACGUUUUGUCGUCUUUAUGUCAAACCGAAAAUAAUAAUUAAGCUGUACACUCUUACAAAGUUUUGAUCUAAGACUAGAUUGUGUACAGCUAUACGUAUAGUGAAUAAGAAAUGUAUUUGCACAUAAAAUAGAAAAAAUGUUGCUACAAUGUCCUCUUGUUUAAUAUAUUCAUACAAGAUCGUUACAUCUUCUGAUAGAAACUUUGCAGCAAUAUAUUUCUCUUUUUAUGUAUUAUUUUUAAAAAAUUUAUGAGACGUGCAAGUACUUUUUUUAUUUACUAUAUGCAUUAUAUCCAUCAUGUUGAAUGUGAAGCCUUCUUUAUUCACACGUGAGGUAGUCAAAAUUUCGCUUAGUGCCAGGUCCGCUCUUCAUUAAAUUUUAAUUUAUGAAAUAAAUGUUCCUUCUUAGAAAAAGAAGAAAGAUAAACGAGACUCAUAAGUGUUAAACUCACAGAUCAUUAUUGCUGUAUGCAGGAAUGUAUAUUUGGAUGAGAUAGCACAACGUGAAUAAGUAGAAGUUGCAUCGGCAUAAGUAAUUGCCAAAAAGAAAGCGAUUACGAAGGAUCUCAACGAAUUUGGAUAGGCCUGGUAUAAAUUGCUUCGUGAUUUGACAAUUCUAAAGACUGUAAAUAUGUUAAAAUUAUAAUACGUCGCAAAUUUCAAGCUUAAUACUGUCAACCCUUCUUUUAGUACACGCUGGAUAAAACACUACUCGUUCAAGUGUUUGCUGAUAUAUAAAAAAAUGUUUAAGAGAAAGAUUUCAGGAUCUAAAGAGCACGUAGUACUUACUGAACCGAAUAAAAAUUGUACAUACCAUUUGUUAUAUGCUUUACAUUUAUUUACUAUUUAUUGAUAUUAAAGUAUAUUUACUAUUUAAUAUGUAUAUGACUGAGUGAAAACUAUAUAAACAAUGUGACUUGAGAAACUAAUUUUGUUU